AAGCGACAGUUAUUUUCGCAGAAACUAAAGAAGAUGUAGGCCUAUUCAAAUAAAGUGAGUUCUUCUGGAUAAUUUUAUUCUCCAUCUAAUCAAGAUGGCAAACAAAGAAGCGGGUGUUACUUCUUCAACAAAUGUUGGAUCUCUGAAAAGAAAAUUUAGCAAUUCGGAGGAGGAAUGUAAUAAUAAACGGGAAGGUGAACCGAGUCUAUCUAUUUUGAACUUAGAUAUUCCGUCAAUUUCAAAAGACUGGGAUGAUCAGCUUUUACUGAACUUGCAUGUAGAGGUGGUUCCGGGGGUUUUCACACCGUAUGUUGUUUUUUCAUCAUAUCCCGAUUUCCUGGAAAAUCAGAAGAACAAAAGAAGUGAACUUAUAGCCAUGAUGAACGACGCACUCUCGGAGCGGAAAAUUUUGCUAGAUUGCUAUAAUCAUGCAAUGGAAAAUAUAAUAAAUCUUGAUUAUGAACAUAUUGACCAUGUUCCAGUCUACAGAGUAAAGGAACUAUAUGAAAACACAAAGACCCUGAAUAAAUUGGCAUGGAGGGAUUGGAAGAAGCAGUUGACAGAGAGUGAUUUUAAAACCAUCAGGGGAUUAAAAGAAAAAUGUAGAAGACUACAGCAAAAAGUGAAUGAUUUUCUAUGGCAGCUCCUGUACAUAGUAGAUAGAAGACAGCUUCCAGAGCCAGAAGAAUUAUCAGAGGGAAUGUUUCAAGAGCUUUUUAUGAGAUUUGCUAGAAUAUUUGAAUUGGGUCUAGUAGGUGCACCGAAUGUUGGAUGUUACACUUUUAAAGUCAAUGGUAAAGAGAUUUCCUCAGUCCCUGAUGCUUUGGUCAUCAAUCCGUGUAAAAAGAAUUCACUGCUGGCAGUUGUUAAGGUUACAAAGACUUAUAAGAAAGAAAUUGAUUUAGAAGCACAGAAAAAGAUGAGAAAGGUCAUCAAAGUGCAAAACCCAACUGAGCAUGUGGACACUAAUUUGAAAUGCCAGCACAUUGGAGAUAUACUCUCAGUUCUACGGUGUUCCUUGUUUGGACCAACUGGAAUGUUUGGUUUUGUAGUUCAAGCAACAGAAGUAACUGUUGUAGCUUUUGCGACAGAUAAAAAUUACAUCCAGUAUAUCAAAACAGGACUAUUCCCUGAACAAGACUGUGCCACAGUAAAAUACAGUGAGAAGUGUAAUAUUUUGUCAAAGAAAGGAAGACAUAAACUUGUGAAGACUUUUCUUGAUAUGGCAACUCUGAUGAAAUACAUGUAAAUUAUUGCCUGUGGUUUAUUUACAAUUACUAUAAUGUUCAACAUACCACUUUUAUUAAAUUU